AUGGACAACGACGCCGCUCAGGGUAGCCCACCACGCUCACCAUCCUCUGCUCUGGACGAGAGAGGUGUAACCACCCAGGAGCUUAUCAUGGGUAUGUCGGAGCCGGAGGACCCUGUACUGUUAGACGACGUACGUGUCGUUGAAGUCUCGUCUACCCAAAGACCAAAUACCUCCGCCCCUUCUACGGCUACCACCACUGGCUUUUCCCUUACUGCACCAGCACCUUUGCCUUCUACCCAUCCAAGAACAGAGAGUACGAAGAAUCCAUCGCCUCCUAUUCCAGAGGCGGAGCAUCCUGCCGCUGUAGUGCCUCCUGCAGAAGAUGAGGCCGUGACAUCCAAGGCCGAUGAGCCUGCGACCAGCACAGCCACCUCUCUCGGAUCCUCUACGGACAAGAUCGUUUCAGAAAAGAACACUCCGUCUGGUAGUGAACCUGAGCGGCCCACGACAUCCAAGGGCACAGAUGCGGAGAAGAUCAUCGGACGUCCUGCACCGUCGACCUCGGAAACGCCCACAUUAGUACCAAAGGGCAAGGAACCAAAACGAGCCACCCUCACAACCACACAACAAAGCAACACUGCCAGCACAUCUUCUCUUCCCGAGGAUGAGGCGAACGCUAUAGAUAAAGAGGAAAUGCCACAAGCCUCCCAGUCACGCAAACGGGCACGAAGCCCCAGCCCUGUGGAUCCAUUGUCUAUGCCCGCACCACCACGGCCUACUAUUCGCCUUUCAUUCCCUUUGCAUAAAGAGGGGAAGGGCAAAAGUGAGUAUAUCUACAAUAUUCCCAAGCUGGCUGUCAAACAACUCAAGAACAAAUACCCAGAGUGGACGUCGUGGUACAGUGCCAUGUACUUGGAACAGGAUGAAGCUAAAUCUACGCGUGAAUUGGGUCUGUCUGUCCAAGAACUUAAAGAUCUAGGUGGACUCGCGAAGCUCUUACACAAAUACCCGACACAAGGCCCUGCUACGCACUUAUCACGCAAACGUCGUGUGGACGAGUACGAUGUUGGCUCGUAUGAUACCAAGGACCCCUUUGUGGACGACUCAGAGUUGGGCGUGGAUGAACCUACGCACAUUGUACGCACACAAGCAGAUGGCUUUUACGUCGCGCAAGGCAAGGUCGAGUUGGCCCGUGCAAAAAUGAGCGCUAUUCCAUCGUCACGCUCAGCCUCAGCAUUCCGAUCAAGUAUCGGCAGCAGUGGUAGUCGUGGAUGGGCUGCGGGUCGCACCAACAAGCUGCUGGCCAAGCGAGCUGCGUCGCGUCGACAGGAGGGUAGUGUAGAGCCGAAAUCGCCAUCGCCACAAGUUGCAGCCGUGCCCAACCCUACGUCCGCGCCCACCGAGUCGGUGCCUAAAGCGACAACGAUAUCAUCGGCAGAGACACCCAGCACUUUGGCUACCACGUCCGCGCCAUCAGCCGAAGCACCACUGACCGAGUUAGCCACUAUGGCCCCUGCGCCCAGUCAGAAGGAGGGCAAUGACAAGAAGAAGAACAAAUAUCCCACACGCCCAGUUCACCCUCAACUGCAAGCGAUGUUUGACCAUUUGAAAACCCUGGUGAGUCAAGCUAGCUUCGCUGUAAAGACCAAGUUCCCGCCAGAACUUAAACCCCCGUUGAUCGAAACGGCCAAGCUGGCUGUGGAGCUGGAUGAGUACAAUGAGAACUUUUUUAAUUACCUUCCGUCUAUUUUCCCAUACAAUCGGUUCACGAUGAUGAAGCUCACCAAGCGUGAGUUUUUUCACAAGCAUAUGGCGUAUUUUAAAGAGUUGCAGGAGGAGCACUUUGAAAAGCUUGGCCGGCUAAUUCAAGAGAGUUUUCCUGCACAGGUCGCCGAGUAUGAAGCGCUUUGUCUGGAACGCGGUGUCGAAGGCAAGGAUAACACGGAUGGUGGUGUCGACGACGAAGUGAAUGAAAAUGGUGCCGGCGAGGAUUCGCGCCUGCUGGAGACCGAUGACCUCGUGAAGCGAUUCCGUUGGAGCGAUGAUAUGCGUGAUGAAUUGUUUACCAUUGUUACGGUGGAGAAUGCUAUGAGUGAAAUUCGCAACGAAAAACUAAAAUUGGAAAAUUCACCGGAGACGUACAGUGAAAUCAAUGCACGCAAGUCGUUGUACAAACGUCUCGUGGAACUGUUCCCGCAAGACGGGUGGGUCACUUCGACGAACAUUUCCCGUGAAUAUGGGCUCGUGAAAAAACGGCGUGAUCGCGAAGAUGCAUUGCAGUAUGAAGAUAUGGCGUAUUAA